CAGGCGGGUACACUGCUACAAUCCUCCAUCCAGGCGACCGCAUCCAUCCUCCCCUUCCCUCGUCAACUUUAUCCUCAUUGACCCAUCCAUCACCCCCACGCACACACACAAUGCCCGGAGGAUACAGGUUGGAGGUGGCACCGAGCGCCCGUGCCCAGUGCAACGGCCCAAAGCCUUGCAACAAGACCAAGAUUGACAAGGGAGAGUUCCGUCUUGGCAGCUGGGUCGAGUUCAAGGACUCUGGCAGCUUCAAGUGGCGUCAUUGGGGAUGCACUACCGAGAAGAUCAUCGCCAACCUCAAGGACUCGUUUGACGAGCCCGACGAGGUGGAUGGCUUUGACGAGAUCCCUGAGGCAUACCAGGAGAAGGCGAGUUGUGCGAUGACGUUUCGCGGGCUGUUACUAAUCUCCCACAGUUCCGUGUGGCCUGGAAGGAGGGGCAUGGUGGUCGACCCCUCGGACAUUCCCGAGAGCGCCAAGGUGAAGGACGACGACGAUGAGGAGGACGAGGAGUACGAUGACAGCCCAAAGAAGAAGAAGGCCACUCCCAAGAAGGCGGCUGCUGCGAAGCCCGCCGCCAAGGCCAAGGCCGCGCCGAAGAAGGCCCCCGCGAAGAAGGCGCCGGCGAAGAACGGCAAGAAGGCCAAGAAGAACAAGUACGAGUCGUCCGAUGAGAGCGAGGCCGACGACAGCGAGUCGGACGCCGAGCCCGAGGCCGAGCUGUCACCCUCCGAGUCUGAGGGCGACUUUAGCGACUCUGAGGAGGAGGUUGUGCCGAAGAAGCGCAAGCGUGGCAGCAAGGCUGCUGACGACUCGCCAAAGAAGAAGCCCGCGAGCAAGGGCAAGCCUGCGUCCAAGGCUAGCAGCAAGCCCGCGUCCAAGGGCAGCUCGAAGGCGCCCGCCUCCAAGGGCAGCAGCAAGCCCGACAGCAAGUCCAAGCCUGCGGCGAGACCCGCUGCGCGCCGCAAGGUCGUUGCCGAGAGCGACGACGAGAGUGAUUAAUGGGAGCGAAGGGACAACGAUACCAAGAGGGUUAGCGAGGGCUAGCGGAUGACCAGUGUUUUGUUUUGGAGAUACUAUGGGUUGACAGGCCAGAGCCAGGACGGCGUUUCACUGCGUAUUUUGUUAGUUUGUGGUAUACCAUAGUUUGUAGCGCGAGCGCGAUGCGACGAAGCGCAGCG